UAUGACCAUGCCGCUACUUUUCAAUCCAUAGCUCCUCACAAACGAUUGCUAUCUAAAUCAUUGACACGCGUAGUGUGUGCAUGUUGAUUUUCUCCGCAAUGAAUACCAGUUUUCUUCAAGUUUUCUUGCUGCGUACCACGCCUCGAUCCAAACCAGAUGGAUGACCACUGUCGUCGAACUACCCUGCAGUAUGGGCACCUUGGAACACCAUUCUACCUUCCAGGGACGCAAAAUUGGGAGUUUACGCGUGUUCCUAAGCGAAGUCCGGCCUUUACUGCUUUGAGGGAAACUUUUGUCACCUCCCUUGAACCCGAUUCCACUUUCUCGAGUCCUACAACUCAGCAUGAAGCUUCUCGAGUUGCAAGAAAGGAACAUUCAUUGUUGAAAGCAUAUCCGGAAUUGGCCCCAAGCUUGGGGUUAGUGAACUCUCACGACAGGUCCUCCCAAGUCAUCACUGCAACUGUGACGAAUUUUGACCCCUUGGUUUCUACGCGUUUGGCAUUUGGAAGAGCGGUCAACGAGAAUCAUGCCGGUAGUCAGUCAGUUCCGAUAGUAGUAACUGCUUCUGGUGAUCCAGCAACAUCCAUUGCCGUUAUCCCCCUCGAUCUCAAAACUAAGGGUACGCUAGCCGGUUCGAAGCAAAUGCCCUCUAGUCCGAACCUCGCAUACAGCGAUGGCGCAUGGUGGAAAUGUCCUGGAGGCCCAGUGCAGCAAAUUUGUUUCGCAGAAUCUAUUGAUGAAGAAAACACGUAUUUCGCGGCGAGAUUUUCCCAGAGCACUAUGAUAUUUCGCCCUUUGCGCCAUAGAAUGCCAUUACUCUCAUCCUUUGGAGUGAGAGGUUUUAUGCUGGAGCCGCACUCGAAGACCCAUCUCAAUGCAAAUCCAUUGGUUGAUAUACCGAUUUCGUUAACUGGUGGCCAGCCGCAUGCCGAUGUUACUUUUAAUCCAUGGUACCAACGGCAGGUCGCGAUUAUUGAUCGUUGUGGGAAAUGGAGCGUUUGGGAUAUACGUGGCAAGCACCAGCUUCAAGCUGAUUGGAUUGCUGAUCGAGGUCCCUGUGGAUCUCUGUCGCGCGCGUCUGGGUUAGGAAUUUCUGAACCCACAAAGGAAGAUCAUUUUGAUGGCUGGGCUGCAGUCAUUUGGGUUGGUGAUGUGCAUCAAUUACUGGUCUGUAACCGUCGCAAUCUGGCCCUAUGCAGACUUAGCAUGCAGCCGCCUGAACAGCACCUCAUAUCCCUUGGGUUACAGCGACCUUCUGAGUGGAUUUUGGAUAUUUCUAGAAGCAAACAUAAUCCUUCCCACUUUUUUGUUCUUACCACAACCAAAGUCCUGUGGUUGAAUGUUCUUCCAGUUGAAGCAUCCCCGGAUGGCCAUGGUGUAUCCACAUUGCUGAGUUGGAAGCAUUUCCGGGAUACAGAAGACACAAGCCUCCGCCUCGCACAGGUGCUGGUACAGAACGCAUUAUAUAUAAUUAUAUUUUCUCAUUUUAACGACUUGACUGAAGCCUUUCGGUUCUCGCUCUCGGCGGAAGGAUCGUCAAUUCCACUAUCCAUAUCCGAUCCAUUCCUUCUCUCUACCCCUUGGCCCACGAAUGGAGCCGAACAUCCAGAAGAUAGGCAGAAGAGUUUCUGCUUUUCGUCCAUGCUAUUUGAAGAAAUUGAUGCCCCCCCGGGUUUCAGCGACGAAGAUAGCGGAAGUCCAACACUAAUUAAAUUUAUUGGCCAACGUGCAGAUCUUGCAAUAGUUGAAGGGUUAUAUUCCAUGGCUCUACCCUUCGAAUCUCCAGAAGCAAGUUAUCCGCGCCUUAACUCUAUUCUGCCUCAAAGAAGACGCAAGUUGGCUAGCUUGGCUCGGGUUGACGACUUUGACUUUGUAGUAGAUGAUGUGGAUGAACCAGUAAUCCAGCUAGAGAUUGGGAUGAAGCAGAACAACAGCCUCCACCGAUCGUUCCGCCGAGAUUUUCAGCCACACCAACGGACUGAGCAAUGGACAUCUCUGCAUGUCCGAGUGAUUACUAGUGCUAGCCAACCAGUUCCACGACAGGAUGAGAUCGAGAUUCAAAUACAAGGAUUUGACGAUUGGAUUCGCCUGGCUACCAGCAGACUCCAAGACCAAAUAGCUCAUGAUUCAAUGCCUGCGGUAUCUCAGACACUACUUGAAGCACUCGGUGUCCCACCGGCUCUAGAUGCGAUUGAUAGUAACGCAAGGAACUUUGCACGAUUUAUUCAGACCAUGUCCAGUCCAGUACUAGAGCCCCGCCACCGUCGUUGGUUAUCAGGGUUGCCGUUGCCAUUUUCCGCUACAUCACGGCUACCUGUUUUCACUCCAACGCAGCAAAAUGAUAUGUCCCUUGCAGCACUGUAUGACUCCCUUGUCUACGAUUGGCUUUCUCCGCUGUCAGAACAUGUUCCCAAUCGGGUUCGGAUGUCAAAAGAAAGAAUGAUUCGAUGCAUGGUUGCAGAGAUAAUGUUUUCGAGAAUCAGCCUUGUGCAAAUGAUGCCAGAAACGAGAGAGUCCACCAGUCUUGAGGACCAGGUAAUGACCUCGUCAGGACCAGCCAAUGAGCCGCCGUUUAAAGGGGGACGGCGUGGUGCAUCACAUGACGGUAUAUUACCAAGUCAAGGUGCAAGCUUUACACCCAUGCUUUACCAAUCUCAUGAGCCGACAGCGCGAGCAUCUCUCGCUUUGCACCGUUAUACUACCGUAAAUCCCCAACCUGACCCCUUAAAGCGUGUCAUGACAACAUUAUCCCAUUGGAAAGUCGGCACUGAUCCGGCGGAUUACGACUGGCAGAAAACAGUUCACGCGAUUCAAGAUGAACAGUCGCUGUCCGGGGACCAUCCAACCGUCCAGAGACGUCGUAGGCGUGAAGAGCGCAAACGACGCCAGCUGGAAAAAGCUCAAAAGCAGGCGUCAUUAACGCCGUCAACACCGAAAUUAGUUGACGGCGGGAGAAUGUGGGGAAGCCAACCAGACAGGGCCAUUCGUAUGUCUCCGGUCGAGCCCGAGCUCUGGAGCAGCCAAAUCAAAGAAGAAAAUAUACCCCUGACACAGGUAGAAAGAGGAGUAUUUGGUAGCAGAGAAGUGGCGCGAAAGAAGAUGGGUAAGGAAAGGAGAAAAAGGCGAGCAGCCGGAUUUUGAUAUUUCGAGCUUUUUUGGGAAUAUGCAUGUAUGAGCCAACACACUGAUAUGUUUGUAUCUUUUUACACACCAUGUCAACUAAAUACAGACACCGGAGAGAGUGUCAUUGUAAAAAUACCAAAGGCAGACAUAUUUCAACCUGCAUUCUCUAGUGAGAUAUCUAAGCAGCACCAAAACACAGCUGAUUCCGGGUCUCAAUCCUGGCGCCCCCAAGACUAUUUAAAGGGUAAUCUAAACCGAAAUUCUUGCUCGAUAUUCGAACCCGAUAUGAACUCCAUGUCGAUAAAACGCCAAUAAAGAUGUAUGCAAUCACUAGCAUGGCUGUCACGCACCUCCAUUACGAACUAGCGAGAAAGAAAAGUGACCCUCGUUCGUUCGUGGUUGUGCAUUUGCAAGAAGGGGUGUUGAUGGUGUAUUUACACCUACUAUUUGCCUUUUUUUUUGAGGUGGAAUUCUCCCUGUCAAGGAGAAGAGGUUGGUCUCAGGCCUCAGAUUUAGCUUCUGACUUCAGGUUUCAUCGGUGGCCGAAAAUAUCGAUUAUAUCGUCAAUGUCUUCAUCAUCUUCCCCAUCCUCUAGCUCCUCCUCCUGAUCAUUCGCGGGGUCUUCGUCUUCGUAAUCGUCUUGUUCUUCGUCAUCAUCUUUUUCCUCCUCGCUGUCAUACUCUCUGCUUCCCAAAAAGCCUAGCGUCGCUCUUUUAAGCGCAGAGACGGGCCAGAAACUACCUCUUUCAUCAUUUUCGCUGUCUGAAUGUAUCACCUCGGGUUGCGAAAUCGUUGUCCAUAUUGAUCCUCGUCGUCGACUAAGGCCAAAAUAGUUACUAACAGUCGGGGAUACGGAUCGUGCAUUAUAGCUCUGCGGCAAUGCAGGAAUCGCCCGGCUUCCUGAUCCCAUUAUCGAGCCUAGAGCGUCCGAUGACCCAUCUGCUGUCGGUAUCGAUCGAGCUAUGGUUCUAUUUUCAACAGAUAAGUCGUUUGGUAUUCUAGGUAUAGAUAUCAGUAUGCCGCUACCCUGUCGGGAGACAGGCUCAUCGUUUUGGUCGUUAUUUGUGGAAAACAAUCGAAUUUGGGACGUAUUGUAGGAAUCGCAUCUA